UCACUGCGCUGACUGUGCGAGUGUAGGGAAAUCUUGACUUGAGGCUCGGCAUAGUGAGAGUCACUUUGUGCCACACCGGGAGUGCCUUUAGAGAGGUGGGGGUUGUUUGCAGGAGAGAGGAGGUCAGUCAAGCAGUGGUUGAUGGAGGGAGAGAGAGACAGGAGGAGGCAAAGAGCAGAUUUCAGCCCUUCUAAAUCUUUCAUAAGGGAGAUCCUCCAACAUCAAGCUGCCCGGAUGGACUGAGAGAAAGAGUUGGUUCUGAGAUGUGCAUUUAGGAGGCGCCAACAGUGACAGAGAGACACAGGGAGAAGGAGAGAGAGAGUGAAAUAGCACUGGGUUGUGCACUUACAGACAGCAAGACCAGGAGGGAGAUGGGAAGGAAGCAGUGUUGACAAGAAUAAUUCUUCUGGAAGGAGUUGUAUGUGACCCUGCUGUGGGUAAAGCUCCUCUAAAAGCCUCUGAUGAACAGAAGACUGGCAGAAAAGCACGGUGCAUGAACCAAAAGAAAGAGAGGGGGAGAGGGCACGACUGCCGACUGGCUAAUCCCUAAACCCGUUAAGAACGGGGGAAAAAGGGGAAGGAUAGAAAGCACGGAGGCAAAGCAACCCAAACAACAAAAAGAAAGGGGCAGAAUUUGAAAGAGGAAGAAAAGCCUGACGUACAGGACUGAACCCAGCCUGCAGGGAUGUCAUCCAACGAGCUGAGUGUUGAGAUGGACUCGUGCAUCCGGACAUUCAAGGAGCACAUGCACCUGGAGCUGGAGCCCCCAAAGAUGCCAGGUGGGGUGGGGGGAAAGAGGGGCGCCACAUCCCCCAAACUUUCCCCACGAAGCUCCCCGCGACUCUUCCGCAAGCUGAUGGUCAACAAGAGCAUCCGACAGAGGAGACGCUUCACUGUAGCUCACACCUGUUUCGAUGUCGAGAAUGGCCCAUCUGCCAGCUGCAGCCCUCUGGACCCCCAGGCCUCCCCCGGCUCUGGUCUGGUCCUCCACACUAACUUCCCUGGUCAUAACCAGCGCAGAGAGUCCUUCCUCUAUCGCUCUGACAGUGACUAUGAUCUGUCACCCAAGUCCAUGUCACGAAACUCCUCCAUUGCCUCUGAACUACAUGGCGAUGACCUGAUCGUGACGCCUUUUGCUCAGGUUCUGGCAAGCCUCCGAAGUGUAAGGAAUAACUUCACUGUACUGACCAAUGUCCAGUGUGCCUCCAGCAAGAGGUCUCCUGCAGCCACGACUCAGCCCCCAAUCACCAGAGUUUGUCUCCCAGAUGAAGCGUACCAGAAGCUGGCCAUGGAGACGAUGGAGGAGUUGGACUGGUGUCUGGACCAGCUGGAGACGAUCCAGACCUACCGCUCUGUCAGUGACAUGGCCUCCAACAAGUUUAAGAGAAUGUUGAAUCGGGAGUUGACGCACCUAUCUGAGAUGAGUCGAUCGGGGAAUCAGGUUUCCGAAUUCAUCUCCAACACCUUCCUAGACAAACAGAAUGAGGUGGAGAUCCCAUCACCGACAUCCAAGACGCGAGAGAAGAAGAAGCAGCAGAAGCAGCAGCUGAUGACACAGAUCAGCGGGGUCAAGAAGGUCUCCCAUGGGCCCUCGCUCUCCAGCAGCAGCAUCUCACGCUUUGGCGUCAAGACCGAUAAGGAGGAGCUGCUGUCCAAGGAGCUGGAGGACCUUAACAAGUGGGGCCUGAACAUCUUCACCGUGUCGGAAUACUCCAACAACCGACCUCUUACUUGUAUCAUGUACGCCAUCUUCCAGGAGCGGGACUUGUUAAAGACAUUCAAGAUCCCAGUGGAUACGUUUGUGGCCUACAUGAUGACACUGGAAGAUCACUACCAUUCAGAUGUGGCCUACCAUAACAGCCUACAUGCUGCUGACGUAGCCCAGUCCACACACAUCCUCCUCUCAACUCCAGCCCUCGAUGCGGUCUUCACAGAUCUUGAAAUCCUUGCAGCCAUCUUUGCUGCAGCUAUCCAUGAUGUUGACCACCCUGGAGUAUCAAACCAAUUCCUAAUCAAUACCAACUCUGAGCUGGCGCUGAUGUACAACGAUGAAUCUGUGCUGGAGAACCAUCAUUUGGCUGUGGGAUUCAAGCUACUUCAGGAAGACAACUGUGAUAUUUUCCAGAACCUCACGAAGAAGCAGCGACAGUCUCUACGCAAGAUGGUCAUUGACAUGGUUUUGGCAACUGACAUGUCCAAACACAUGAGUCUAUUGGCUGAUCUGAAGACUAUGGUGGAGACCAAGAAGGUGACGAGCUCUGGAGUGCUGCUGCUGGACAAUUACACAGACAGAAUACAGGUGCUGCGUAACAUGGUGCACUGUGCUGACCUGAGUAACCCCACUAAGUCCCUGGAGCUGUAUCGUCAGUGGACUGAUCGGAUAAUGGAAGAGUUCUUCCACCAGGGAGACAGAGAGAGGGAGAGGGGGAUGGAGAUCAGCCCUAUGUGUGAUAAACACACAGCCUCCGUGGAGAAGAGCCAGGUGGGUUUCAUUGACUACAUUGUGCACCCUCUGUGGGAGACUUGGGCCGAUCUGGUCCACCCUGAUGCCCAGGACAUUCUGGACACGCUGGAGGACAACAGGAACUGGUACCAGAGCAUGAUCCCCCAGAGCCCUUCCCCGCCCUUCUAUGACCAGGGCACGCACGGACACUGCGGAGGCACUGGAGGGCAGGGAGGCGGGGAGAAAUUUCAGUUUGAGCUGACCUUGGAGGAGGAGGACUUGGAUGGAAUAGAGAAAGAUGGUGAAGGGGAGGAGGAGGAGGAAGAAGAGGAAGAGUUAGAGGAGGAGGAGGAUAGUCUAGGAGAUUCUCGCUCUCCUCCCCUGGACUAUUUGGACGAUCAGGCGAACGAGGAGGGUGGCAUGAUGGAGCCCACGACGGCAAUAGAGAUCGUGACACACGAGGCGUCACCCACAGACACAUAGGGCUUCCAUCAUCAGGCUCACAUGGUGAUUUGAAAGUUUUUGGAAAAAGAGGGGAGAUCCUCUUGCAGCUGUGCUUUUUAAUAAGCCCACAGAAGCAAGGGCUUAGUUUUGGCCCGCACAGGGGCGUCUUGCACUUGGGUGUUUGAAGCCAGACACGGACGGACAGUUUCAGUGAUGCGGCUUCAGAGUUCUCAGGAAAUAAUUACUGCGGACAUUUUAGUCUUGAUGGACAGGCGAGACUGAGGGUGGAACUUGAAGGAUUUUGGCCAGUUUGGGAAAUGGUUACUUUUCUUUUCUGGACUGGCAUUAAAUGGACAUUGACACUACUGAGAGAAGUUUUGUACCUUAAGACUUUUUUACAGAUAUGAUAUGAUCUAGAAGUAGCAUAGAGUAAGAUCUACUGAUGGAGACACGUUUGUAUAGCAAGAGAAAGUGUUUACUUUUUUCCUGUACCAUUUGUCAAAGGACUUUUGUGUGCCUUUUUUACUAAUGUCUUUAUAUAGUUUUUUAUUUAUUGAACACUCUAGUAUGUCUGUGAAAUGUUUUUUUUUCAUAUCUGAGAGAGCAAAAUCUUUUUUGUAUGUUAAAAGGAGAACAGUCUUCCAUGUAUUGGGCAAUAGAGAAAUCCAAACAAACGUCGACAAACAACUCUUGGACAAAAUCAUCUUAAUAGGGAAACAUGAAAACCCACAUUAUACGCACAUUUUGUCACAUUUUUUUUUCUCAAUCUGAGCACAAAGUGUUUUUCUUUACACAUGGAAAUUUAAACACCUAUGUUCAUUCAUGGUUCAUGUUACAUGUUCACUUUGUUACUUUCUAUGCCAGUUAAUGAAUGUCACAAUCACACUGAAAUACAUUUCUCCUAUUUUCAUACUCAAUUUCUUCAGCAUAUCUUUUCUUCUCCUUUUCGUUCAGUCUGCAGACCAUUUGGGCUUCCUGCCUUUUCACACCAAAGCUGAACUUUAAUGCAAAAUGCUCAAUGUUGAGAUAAGAACUCACACUUGCAACUAUAGAAUCAUACAUAUUCCAGCUAAAUUCAUUGUAAAACUAUGAUUUGAUUUAUGAUAACAUUUUGUUCUUUUUACUUUUGCAUCAUGUUUCCAUGUGGUGUGAGAUGGAAGUUAGCCCUCUUCAAACCCCCAUAACUUACAAUCUACCAUCAGAUGAAAUCAGCAGAAAUACAGGCAGGUCUAAAAACAAACCGUUCAGGACAACAAGCUGCUUAGAUCUAUGAUAAAAGAAAUGAACUCAGACAAGGACGAAAUACACAACAGUGGUGAAUCUAUUUUUAGCCUACAGGUAUGCUGCAGUCUUAAUAAUCCUGUUAGUUGGAACAGGUCCUGACCCCAGACCAGUCUGAUGUAACGCCCCCCUGCCCCUCUGCAAUCAGGCCCAGACCAGAUGAUUAAAGGUGCUCUUACGGCUGCCUGUUUGAAAGGCGCUCUCAGACCCUCAUCAGUGCCAUUAUUCACAUGGUUUACAAACCCCUCUAGGCUCCACGGACACGACCCCAAAACAAUCAGGCCGGCUAUUUCUUCCUCACGAUAAAAAAUCCCUCAAGUGCUGCUUCUGCUCAUUGACGUCAAUUGAAUUUUUGCCCCUCCCCCCUCCACUGUAUCAGGUUUCCAGGACAGUCGGGUUAUUAGGAUUUGGCACAGAUGGAAAUGCUGGAUUCAGCAUGGCAGACUGUACCCUUCUCAAAAAAAGAGGAAUAAUUGGGCACUCUUGUUUUAAAGCAAACCAGAAAACGUCUUUUUUUUGUAUAUUUCAGUGAUAUGUAGGGGGAAAUGGUUUGAAAAUGGUUUGCAGACCUCACAUUUCUGCUUCUGUGGCUUCUAAAAUGGAUUUUUCCAAAACUGGAUGUUCUACUUACAUCUAUUAUCAUGUCUCUCCAUUUUCAUUUUGGUUUACUGAUAUAGUCAAAGGUACUUCAUCUAAUUUCACUCCAGCAUGCUUAAGUGGCAAUCGUUUGUGUGCAGUAUGUAUGUAUGUAUGUAUGUAAGGAAGAUUUUGUAUGUGUGUGUGUUUCUGUAUGUUUGGAUGUGUUGACUUUGUCAUCAGGCCUUACCCCCAUCACUCCACAUCUUUGUCUCUACCGUUUGUCGCUAGGAGCUCAAGUUGGUCCUUUUUGCUGUUUAUAACAGUGUGUAUUUAUUCUAUACUUUAAGCUUGUAAAUAAGAAAUACUGGUUCAGUGUAAAAUCUAUUUUAAUUUAUAUGCACUUGCAUUACCUGGAAGUGGUGGUGUCUAAUGUGUAGAAGACUCCGGAUUAGAGUCUUUUUAUAUAUGUAUUAUAUAUUGUUUUAUAUAUAUAAAUAUAUAUAAAUAUAUCUAAGUAUAUAUUCGCACAAUGUUUUGAGUGCCCAGCAGAGCAGCAGCUAAAGAGACAUGUUGUUGUUGUCAUGUGAGAACCUUGCAACUCCAAAAUAGCAUUUUUCUCUUACUAAAAAGUUGAAAUUGUCAAGAAAAUGAAAAAUGUUAUACUAAUUUUAUUAAACACAUUUUUUUGUGAUUAUGGCAUCACUUUGAAACAUCAAUUAAUAUCAUGGAUGCUUUUAGUAUUGCUGAAAAGCUUUUCUUUGUUAGAUUUAUUAAAUAAUGGCCCAAAUUUUCUCAUAGGUCUACAAAUAUCUUUAUUUCCUCUUUUUUUUGAGUCAAACAAACCUGGACCAAUUUAGUUUUUGGAGGUACAAUGUUUUCAUCUGACAGCAGCAAUUUGGUAACCGAGAGGUGACAUAGAGGACAUGUUAAACUGCAUAGGCUUGGAUAUAGGAUACAUACAAGCUAGCUAAGGAACACAGAAGCUUAGUCAAUGCUUGGUAUCAAAAUACACAAAUAGCUUAUUUUCUCUCAGCGGCUUGUCACAACCUAAGCUUCUACAUCCAGCAUUUGAAUGCAGAUUGCUGAUAUACGAGGCCAGACACAGGUUCGACUGACAAACACAAAGCAAUCGUCUCCUUUUACACUUAUCACACUUCAUGUAAAAGUAGAUAACACGGGGACGGUAUUGGUAGCAUGCUACAAUACGCCCGGCACUGACGUGAAUCGUUCUGAAUUAACAACAAAACAUGAUCUUAUGUAACUGACUGUGCUAAUGUGUGAACUCUUUCUGACCAAACUUGUUAGCAGUUUUGAAAUUCAAAUUUGUCAGUAUUAACACUGUUUAUCUAUGUUCAAGCUUUUUUUGGUCCUAGUUGUGUCCAAAUGGUUAGCCAGAUUUAGCACUAUCUGCAUGAGAGAUGGGUCUUUUUUAUUGUCAAUAAUAUGUUCAAGUCUGCCAGUUGUUGCAGGUGGGUUAUUAAAUGUUUCACACAAUGUAUGGUAUUCAAUUGUAUAUUGUGUUCAAAAAUAAAUCUGAAAUACUUUUUCUAUGAAGUGAUUAAAAGCAAAGCAUGAAUAUA